UAUUCCAAGGAGUUGUUGGCGUAGCUGGGGCGGACUCUGACCCCGCCGCUGGGAGUGAGGAGCGACCUGUGCCCUCAUCCCACCCCCAAGGCCAAGGUCCCUGCCUGGGAAUUCCCAGAAAUCUCCCAGCACUCUCGGAGGACCCGCCCUAAAAAGUUGUUUUUCCUGUUUUUUUUUCCUGGGUUUAAGGAAAAAAGCUUUUUUUUUUUUUUUUUUCUUUUUUUCCUGCCCUCCACUUCUGGGCUUCGGUUUGGCACUGCGGCGCAGCUGGGGAAACUGAGGCUCGGGAGGGGCUUGGCUACAGUGGAGCCGCCGCGUUUUCCGACUGUGCGUUGGCAUUUCCUCAGAUGUUUCCUCCUUGGGUUUUCCGUCUCGGUGAAAAAUCUUUCCCUGAUAUGGGUGUUUUCCCAGUCCUAGGGGAAAAAUAAAAAGGCAGCGUUUGAUGACGCAGGGGUUAGAGCCGGCACCGCUGUCCCAUGGCGUCCCUCGGCAUGGAGCCGUCGCCAGCACCUCUUGCUGAUCUGGAUUCAGUGCCAGGGCGAGAAACAAAUUCCCUCUUUUAAACCGAUUCCAGCUUUCACCGCGAUGCUCUGGGCUAAAUCUUUCCUCGCAGAUGGCGGCACCGUCCCAUGCAUCCGCCGAAGGCUUUCGGCAUCGCUCUGAAACAUCCCCGUUCUCUAAAAAAUAAUUAAAAAGCUGUAAUUUGGAUCCGGAAAGGUCCCUGAUGCCACUCCUCCAGCUCUGGGAUGCUGGGGAGAGGGGGCUACUGUUCAUCUCCCACGCAAAUAUCCCAGCGUGGCAGGUACAAGGUGCAAAAACUCCUCCCAGGUGCCGAUUUUUAGGUGAGGAUUUUCUCUGGGCACCCACAGAAGUGGCAAAAAGAGGUAAAAAAAGGCGAGGGGGGAGGAACUGGCUUCGUUGUUUCCGCGUCUUUGAGCAGGAGAAGGGGUUAAAGCCUCCAUCGCUUCAUCGCUGGUUUUGCAGGAUCUUGAUAAAAUAAUUUGCGGAGGCGCCAGGGUGGGAAGAAAAGCCGCUGUCAGGAAGCGAGGGGCUGAAGAAGUGCCGGGUCUUCCCAUAACAAAGCAUAUAUUGCUGAAAAUGAGCUAAAAUAAAUAAAUUUUUUUAUGUAGCAAAGCAUAAAACGCUGAAAAGGGGCGGAAAGGAAACAAUUUCUUCAUGUCCUGAAGCCAAAAUUGCUGAAAACGGGCAGAAAAAGAAACAAAUUUUUACGUAGUGCAGCAUAAAUUGGUGGAAAAGAAACAAAUUUCAGGGUACUGGAGCCUGAAUUGUUGUAAAUAGGUAAAAAAGUUGUAAAUAAGUAAAAAAGUACCAAAACUUUAAUGCUGCAAAGUCCAAAUGGCUGAAAAGAAGCAAAAUACUUGUGACCCCAAAGCUAAAUGGCCAAAAAUGGGUGGAAAAGCCACAAAAUCUCGUGUGCCGAAGCCUGAAUUGGUGAAAUGGGGCAAAAAAGAAGAAAUGGGUGUUAAUUCUUGGGUUUUAAUGAGUUUUUAGUGACGGUACCUACCAUCAUGCCAUGCUAAUUAGCAUCAGCCUGGUGAGUGGCCACCCCUCCUUGGCCAAACCGUGGCGUUAAUUGGGAGGCGAAACGUUCAUCACCGACAGGGGGGAGGCUGCUAAAAACACGCGUAAAUAAAUUCUCGAGGGUUUUGGUUUGGGUUUUGCUCCCUUUCCAAGGUGUUUUCCACCCGUUUUGCAGCAGGUUGGGCACACUGGUAACGCUCACAUCGUUUCAGCGGGUUUACUUGGUGGCCGGUGCUGGAAAAUGCCAGGAAAUGGGAUUUUAAGGAUUUCUGCGAGGAAAAAAAAAAAUUUAUUCCCUGCGUUUUUGCGGCCCGCUGGCCCUUUCUCAGGCUGCGCUGGCAGCAAAAAGCCUUAUUUUUGAGUUGUUUUUUUUUUUUCUCCUCCCGGAGGACAAAGGGAAAGGGCGCUACCCGCAGCCCUGAACUUUCCCAGCGUUCACCCCGCUCGCAGCGGCGAUCACAGGCAGCCUUUGUCCCGGCCCGCUGGGGCGCAGGGUUUCGGUUGGAGCCCAGAGCGAGGAAGAGGAGGAGGCAGCGACGGCGGUGGGGAGAAGUUGGGGUGAGGAAGAGCGAUUUCGGUGCUGCUGGAAGACCUUGAAGCAAAGUUUUGGUGCUGUCUGGGAGGCGAAACAAUCCUUUUCAUGGCGGUGGUUGCUCCCCACCAGCAUCAUCUCACAUCCUAACCCAGAAACAUCCAAUAUUUCCGAGGGAUGAGAGGCUUUUUUUCCUAUAAAUCCACUCUUUGGGGGAUUUCAGUGCUUUUUCACGGCUAACUCACAACGGUCUGCAACUCCCCGGGCCAGUGCAAGGGGAGCGGAGCCGGGCAGCUUGUUGGCCCCGCACCCACGGCGUUCCGGCGAGCACCAGCGCUUCCCCAAAUCCGGAUCGCCACGAAGAAGCGCUUCCCUCAAUCCCUGUCUCUCCGCGCACGGCAGCACCUCCACCGUCAUCUUCUCGCCACCCCCCACCACGGCGUCCUCACGGCGCCUGUAUUUCACGCGAGCACCGCCUGUCAUUACACCGCCCGCUUUAAUCCGCCGGGGAUUAACGAAGCCAAAUUCUGCAUCGUCAGGAUAUUUUUUUUUCCCUUGCCGGAGCUGCUGGGAACAAGCUCACCGGUGCCGGCGUUCCUGACACCGACGGCAUCGCUGCCGUCUCAUCUCUGCUUCAUCUCGAGCUGUUGUGCUGCGCUGCUGCUCCACCUCCUCUUCCCCCCGCGCUGCUGUCGACCGAAUGGGACCUCGGGAGCAGCUCCGGCUGUAGCGGCGCGUACGUGGGCCUCUGUUUACAGGCGGGGAGGUGGAACGGUGUUUGUCAGCACCGGGGAGACGGAACGGUGUUUGUCGGUGCCGAGAAGAGGCAGUUGGGGGUGGGGAAGAAAGAAUAAAGGGGGAAUAAUAUGAGCAGCAUAGACGGGACGAGAGCGCAGACAUGGUUUCAGCAUCGCUUUCCAACGCUAACGGUGGCGCGUCAGGUGGUUGAAGAUUCAUUUUUUUUAAAGCUCACAUCACCGAGGUCGAGGAAGACGACGGUCUUUUGAGUUGGCGUGGAAGAGCUCCGCGCCUGGGCGAGAUGUCCACCAAGGUGCCGAUCUACCUGAAGAGGGGGAGCAGGAAGGGGAAAAAGGAGAAGCUCCGCGACAUCCUCUCCUCCGACAUGAUCAGCCCGCCCUUGGGGGACUUCAGGCACACGAUUCACAUCGGCAGCGGCGGGGAGAGCGACAUGUUUGGGGACAUCUCCUUCCUUCAGGGCAAGUUUCAUCUCCUCCCCAGGACCGAAGGAAGCUUCGACUCCGACAAGGACAGCCCCGAUGCGGCACCAUUCGAGUUCUCCAGGACGGCCACUAUCUCCGGAUGCCAGCAGCCCUCCUCGGAGACUUCAUCCCCCCUCCUCAAAAACGCCAUCUCCUUGCCCGUCAUCGGGGGGCCGCAGGCGCUGACGCUGCCCUCGGCGCAAGCCCCGCCGAAACCACCGCGGUUGCACCUCGAUGACAAAGCCCCGGCGGUGCCAAGCGGGGAGGAGGACGGCGAGGGUGGGAGCGCCGCCUCGCUGCUGCAUCCCUGCGCCUCCCGUUUCGCUGCUCCAACGAACGGCUUCGCCGAGGAGAAGGGUAGUGCCGAGCCGGCCUUCCUCUCCCACGCCGGCUCCCUCCUCUCCCUCCACGUGGAUUUGGGGCCGUCCAUUUUGGAGGACGUCCUGCAAGUGAUGGAGAAGCACCAAGCGGAGGGAGUGGGUGGAUCUAUACAGGAUUCGGGCAGGCAGGAAAUCUUGACGUGAAGGCGACUGGAGGUAAAGAUGCCGAGAAAUGGAUUAUUAUCAAUUUUUUUGGCGGGGUGGGGGGGUGGUGGUUUCCAAAACUCGCAGCUGGAACUCAUGAGGUUUGACUCCACGCACCUCCCCCACCCGGUGUGCUGACGGCGAUGUGUUGUUUCCUCUCGCAGGAACGUCGUGCGAACGGGACGUGAGCGUUUCUCCUCGGUGCCGCUCCUUGCAGACCUACGGCUGUUCCCUCGCUGUGGGGAGGAAGGGGAAAAAAAAAAACCCAACCCAACAAACCACCCUAUGAAGCCAAGAUGAAAACAGGUGGCACUCGCUGCCCGGUUGUAUCGCCGCUUGCCUGUAUCUACUUCACCUUUAGCGACGCAUUGAACCGUUAACACCGCGCCGACCGGUAGAAAUAAUCCGCCGCGCCGCUAGAAGCGUUUGUUGUACCGGAUGGGAUGAAACGGCGAUGGUUGAAUUCCCAAAUGUCUCAGUGAGGAGGAUUUUGGGGGUUUCGGGGUUGGUUUGAGGGGGUUUUUUUGGCUUGAAGAGGGGCUGGGGUUUGCGCUCGGUUGAGGCGAAGGAGUGACGCUCGCUGCGUGCCGACCGCCUGAACGUCAAGGUGAUGCCAAACGUCAGCCUUCGCCUUUGUAUCCUCAAAAUCGGUAAAUCUGGCAGUGACGUGGCUAAAGGCUCCGUUGGGCUUUAACACCUCUAAUGUCUCUAAAAGCUCUCCACGGAGAAGCUAAAAAAACCCCACCUUCUCAGGCUGUAUUUUAGCAACUAAAUCCAUGGCCGGAGCUUGGGGUUUUAAGAUAAAAAAUAACAAAACACACCCCACCCCACCCCACAAAAAAAAAAAAAAAAAAAGAAAGAAAAUGUGCUGAGUGAAGGGUGAGCGACCGCCUGGCCAGAUUCCGGCACGAUGGGGUGAAAUUCAUCCUCCCGAAAGAGGCCGUCACCAUCAAUCGCGGAUCGUUUGGCCAGACGGAGGAAGGAGGGGGUGAAGCGCUUCAGCACGCAGAAAGGAAUGCCAAUCCCUUCUGCUUUUUUUAAAAAAAUAAUAAUAGUAAUAAAUAAAAUCGCUGGAAACGGCAAUUGUGCUGA